GUCAUAUGUUGUGAAUUAGAUCUUAUCUUAGUUGAGCCUAUCGAAAAGGUAAUCGUUGGCUAGUGAUUGCGUAGUUAAUAGAUUGAUAACACAAACUUUACGUCGCGUAACUAUCCCCGGUCGGUGUUCGCAACGGUCAGAUCAUUCGCCGCGGCAUUCCGGCCUCUGGUGUAACAAAACCCCUCCUCCGUCACCGGAUGCGACCCAACAUGCCGAUAAAUAUGGUAUUUAUCUUUAGCUGUGACAUCUAUCGCGACCAGUUGAAUUCAUCGUUGGUCUCAUAUGGAUGGGUCAAUUGACUUAUGAUCGAUACACACCAAUCAGCGUUUCUGCAUGAACUAUGGCACCGCAACAGGAUAUCCCGGUUGCUGCCAAUGUUCUCGGCACCAUCGGUACGAUCUUGUGGUGCGUGCAGACAAUACCUCAAAUAUGGACGAAUUGGCGAACGAAGAAAACCGAUGGCCUCCCCGGCUCCAUGAUGUACCUAUGGGCUUUAUGUGGCGUACCCUUCGGGGCUUAUAACAUCGUACAGAGGUUCAAUUACCCCUUACAAGUGCAGCCGCAAGCUUUCAUGGCGCUUUGCCUUGUGAACUGGUGUCAGAUAUUGCUAUAUAAUAGUAAAUGGCCUAUGUGGAAGGUAGUUCUUAUAGGGCUAGCCAAUGCCGCGGCUUUUGCCGGUGUGCAAGCAGCCCUGAUUGUCACACUACGGCCAUUAUACGACGCUGGUAAUGGCACUGGGGUCUUGGUAGUUGGUAUAAUCGCGAAUAUUCUCUUGGCAGUUGGUUUAUUACCGCCAUAUGGCGAACUAUGGAAGCGGAGAGGAAGAGUGAUCGGGAUCAACUUCGUCUUUCUGUCUAUGGACUGGCUGGGCGCAUUUUUCUCUCUUAUGUCACUUGCUGUCCAGAAUAGUUUCGAUAUCUUGGGCGGCGUGUUGUAUAUCGUAUGCAUCCUUCUUGAAUCCGGUAUAUUCCUUUCUCAUUUGAUUUGGCUCUUCCGCACUAGGAAAUUGAGAAAAGACGCGGCAUCGAGGGGGAAGACAUUCGACGAUAUUGCGGCAGAGUAUGAACAGCAAGGCAUAUCGUUCAAAUUCGCCGAACGAAAGAUCUUCAAGAAAAAUGAUAUAGAGACAGGCAAUGCCAGGCAUGAUGAAGAUCCUGACAGCCAGACGCAGCGACAUCCAAUUACAGCAGCUAUGCAGGACGGCAGCUCAGGAGAUGCUCAGCAAAAUUCAAAUUCAGAGUUAGGAGGAGAGACGAGUGAGAAAAUGGGAUAAUCCGUGUUUAUAAAAGCAGAACUAUAGUGGUGUGAUAUCUUGGUCUAAAGUCAACGCAAAAGUCGUGCCUCAUUAUUAUCAUCCCCCAGUAUUAUUAGUCAACCACGUCACCAAACCGCCUACACGCAUACCGACUACCAAAAACCGUGGCCAUGAACUAACUUGGCGUCGUUAGAUGAUGAGAGUUUACUCGACAGAAGGCCCCUUCCCCUGAGCGUUCAGAUCUCCACCCUUACCGCCGUACUCGGCGGGAAGCUUCUCGCCAAGCGCGGGAACUUUGCUGCCAGCGAAUUCGUGUGCCAAGUUUCUGCCAUUCGACAUCGGAUGGAACUUCUUGAUGGUCUUGGGAGCGACGAAGAGCUUCAUAACACCGUACAUGAAACCCAUAAUCGCAGGCACAUUGACAAAGAAUUUCUCCUUGAGAAGCUCGGGGUAGGCCAGGGCGAACACGCGGAUGGUCUCGGUGCUGGCGGCUUUGACCUGGGGCGACUGGCGCAGGAAGCUGAUGGACUUGUAGUCGUGCACCUGGAAGAUCUUGUACGGAUCCCAGUCGGCCGUGAUGGGCUUCGUGGCCGUGGAGAGAGACAGCUCCUGUAUGGCCAGUUCCAUGAGGGCGAUACGCCAGCUGAUGAAUCUAGUAUGUAGGUUAGAGGAUUAUUCUGCUCGUUUCACAGUGCGAGAAUAGAUCCGAGAUCUGCAAUAAACGGUGCAUAACUCACUCGUCUAAAACGCCAAAGGUCUC